CUGUCAAAAUUAAAUGCCAAAAGCAUUGCACAAUUAUUUGUGCAGACGUAAACAAAUAUGUGAUUUAAAUCAUUUAAUUUUACUCAUAACAUUUGCGUUUUAACACAUUUUAAUUUACAAUUUUAAUUUUUAUAAAUCCGUGUUGUGGCUAUCUGUUAAAAAUCCAUAUUGAAACUUUUGGGGCUUGUCACAAAUAAUGGACGAGAAUAUAUAUGGAAUUACUGCCAACAAUAUUAAAUACGAAAACGAUGACUAUUUAAAUUGUGCUUGAAAAAAGCUCCAAAAUAUUUUCCCAAGACAAGCAGUUGUAAGCAAAUGGUCCAUGGAGAGUGAAUGUUCUAUUCAACUUGAAUUAAACUCCAUGGGCGACACUGAUGCAAUGUUAUCGUUUAACAACUUUUAUGAACAUGAGAUAUCUGAAGGAGGCCCUGAACAAGAGUGUCCGGAUUUGGAUUUUGUUUACGAUGAUACAGAUACACAUGCAAAUGAAAUAUCAGAGUUGUAUAGUUAUACAGAGCAGCCUGAGCUGCAGCUCAACGUCAAGGCGUUUGAAGAUCAAAUGGAGCAAUAUAAACUACCACCAAGUUGGCAAAAGUUGACAGAGGAACAACAGAAAUCGAUAAUUAUGAAAUUAAUUGACCAAUUAGAAAUGUCUAAGAAACAAUUACGUAUGAAGGCUGCCAGAUGUGUUUUGUAUCUUGCACAGGGUUGUUGGGCUGAAAUACAAUCAGACAAAGAGCAACAGCAUUGGUGUCGUCACAACGUAAUGCUUUUAUAUAAACUAGGUGUUUUUAAUGCCUUUGUGGAACUACUUAAUUUGGAAAUUGACAAUGCUUCAAAAGUUACUGCUCGCAAAUUGGCUGUAUCUUUAGCUGAUUCUACAGAUUUACGUGUUAUUUUGUCUGUAAUGUACAUAAUUACAGAAGUUAUGAGGAAUGAAAGUAGACAACCGGAUAGUGAGUUCAAAGAAAUCACCGAUAGUUUUAAAAAUGAAUUGAAUACAUACAAUGGAGAGGAAUCAUUGGUGGUCAAACUUUUGGGUAUGGUUACAAGGUUUUGCAGUGGCGUCGCACCACAUUUUCCAAUGAAAAAAGUUAUAUUACUUUUGUGGAAAGUAAUUCUAGUGACACUUGGUGGGAUUGACACGUUGAGAGAACUAAAAAAUAUAUAUCGCGAACGGGCUGGUUUAUCAAAUAAUUCAGAAGAUACCAUAGAAGUAACGCGAAACAUGAGGGCUUGUUCACCACCAACAAGUGCAGCUGAUUUAAUUGAAGCACAAAAUCCUAAAAGAAACAGCAGGCCAUUCAGACGGAGUUUGAUUAAACAAAGUUCCCUCGACGAGCAACAAGAUCCAACCUUACUAGGACUAGACGUAGAUUGUCCAGGUGGCCCUGAACCAGAUGACGAAUUGGGAGAAUUUGGUCGCACUCUGGAUGCAGAACAAGGAAACGUCGGAUCUAAUGACCAGGUUUUCACAGGCGCUGAUGGUGAGAUUCAGAACGACAGGGACACUACGAUGGUUGAUGAAAAGGCUCCUGGACCUGCUGGGCAGCAGCCUAGUCUCGAUAGGCCUGGGACACCUGUACCAGCACCGAAAGGUUUACCGUGGAUGCCUAAGGUGCGUCAAAAAGACGUGGAGACUUUCCUGGACGCAUCCAGAAUGAAAUUCAUCGGUUACACUUUGCACAACGACCAAGAAAGUACUGCAGGUCUACCACAACCUAUACAUGAAGGCAUCAGAACACUAAAACGGCAUAUGUACGUCAGCUUAGCAGAGAUCCAAAUAAAGCGUGAGGAAGAGAUGGCAAGAAAUCCACUGUCUUCCAGUGAAGGAGAAGUUCCAGCAACUCCAACAGAAUUAUUGUACCAGGCCAUACUUCCAAAUUUACCCCAAUAUAUGAUAGCACUGCUCAAAAUACUAUUAGCAGCUGCUCCUACCAGCAAAGCAAAAACAGAAUCGAUCAACAUCAUGGCUGAUGUGCUACCAGAAGAAAUGCCAAUGACUGUUCUGCAAUCAAUGAUUUUAGGAAUAGAUGUCAAUCGACACAAAGAAAUUAUUGUUAAAGCUGUAUCGGCUAUAUUAUUAUUACUUUUGAAACAUUCAAAAUUGAAUCACAUAUAUCAGUUUGAGUUCAUGUCACAGCAUUUAGUGUUCGCGAAUUGUAUACCGCUAGUUCUCAAGUUUUUUAAUCAGAAUAUAAUGGCUUAUGUUGGGGCAAAGAAUGUAAUUCCCAUAAUGGAUUUUCCAACGAGCGUUAUUGGAGAGCAGCCAGAAUUGACGACUGAUAUUUUGGAAAUUGGAAUGUUACACAUCACAGCACAGUAUUCAUGGAGGAAUUUAUUUUCUUGUAUAAAUCUUUUAAGGAUCUUGAAUAAGUUGACUAAAUGGAAACAUUCACGCAUAAUGAUGCUGGUGGUUUUCAAAUCAGCUCCGAUACUAAAACGUACAUUGAAAGUUCAACACGCGAUGAUGCAAUUGUAUGUAUUGAAAUUGUUGAAAAUGCAAACGAAAUAUUUAGGACGCCAAUGGAGAAAAUCGAAUAUGAAAACUAUAAGUGCUAUUUAUUCUAAGGUCAGGCACAGAUUGAAUGAUGAUUGGGCCUUUGGAAAUGAUUUGGAUGCCCGUCCCUGGGACUUUCAAGGCGAAGAGUGCACCCUUCGAGCCUGUGUCGACAGAUUCAAUAAUAGGAGGUACCUAGGCACCCCUGUUGAUGUCGAAAUGGAACCUGUCGAUAAUUGCAUCAACAGUGUCCUGGGCAAUUCUCAAAAUGAAGAAUUUGUCCAAUUGCCCGAUGAAUUCAAACAGCACUACGAAUUGUGGCUGCAGCAGGAGGUCUUCAAUAACGACAUCAAUUGGGACACUCUUCUGGUUUCUGCAGAAAUAUAAAUAAUAAAGGAUGAUAAAAGAUGAUAAAGGAUAAUAAAGGAUAAUAAAGGAUGAUAAAGGUAAUAAAGGAUAAUAAAGGAUGAUAAAGGAUUUAUUUAAAAGAAAAGAGUUGAAUGAAUAAAGAAGGUAUUUAUCGAGGAGAUAAAUGAUUUAAAAUUUAAUAGAGAAAGUAUUCAUUAAGGAG